CACACGCUAAGAUGUUUGUUUUCAUCAAUUUUUUGUUGUUGUGGGGAGCGGGGUAUUGCGAAGGAUGUUGUUUUUAGGCGAGUACAAGGAUUGAUCAACAUUAUCGGAUAUUCAUGGCAGUGUAGCAUAAACCAAUAAAAAACCUGUAGUAUAUAUAAAUAAUUCAAAUUGCAGCAGAUGUUGCAUAGAAAUGACCUUUUUUUUACAUGAGGUGAGAAAUUAGCAACAUGAUAAAUAGUGAAAUGCAAUAAACUUUCGGUCUCUUUGCCAUUAUGAUGCAAAUGAAAGGAAAAAGUGAAAACUUUUAACCGUUACAUUUCGUCACCGUGGAGACUAAAAGAGUAAAUAGAAUUAAGGAAAGACACGCGACAAAAUACUGAAGAUCAAAACCAAAAUUAAUGAAAUAUUAACGAGAAACAUUGACAACCAAGAUUAUUUUCUAUUUUCGACGUUAAAAUAAACAAAAAGUUUCUAACAUUAAAGCGAAGACAUAUUGACUGAUCACGUUCUAAUUUGAAGUCUUAUAAACAACGAAGACAAAAUAAUACCGGAUGAUGAGCAUCUUUCCAAAAGAAUCUUAAAAGAAGACUCGAAAUGAUUGGAAUUAUGUCUGGCUGAAUCAACAUAUAACAGUGGACGAAACAGAUGACUAAGUUUCAGGUGGAAGUUUGACAUGUUUGAGAGGCUCACCCAAUGAGCAAAGUUAUACAUGGUUACUGUAAUGGACAACAAGAUCGUUCAAGGACUUAUUUUUGGAAUUUCUGCUCUUAUAUCUUUCACAUUUUUGAUUGCUUUAUGCAAAUGGUGUCAUAUGUAUAGUGAGAGACGCCGACGAGGACAAAAUGGCAGCAGUAAAGAUUAUAAUUCAUACCAGAUCUCACAAAAAAUUUAUGGAAAACAAUUGUAUGGCAGUGGUCAAUGUGUUCAACCAGGUAUAGGGAGGGAUGUGGAAUUGGCCCAGGAACCUGCAGACGGAGUAUUUGAUUGUGAGCACACACUGGAGCCUAAUGUUCCUUUAGGAAAAAUACAGUUAUCCAUUUUGUAUGAAAUUGAAAUUCGUAAACUGAACGUUUUAUUACUACAAGCGAAAGGUGUCGUCUGUCAAACGCAAAAAAACAGCGCAAAUCUUUACGCCAAAGUAUUUCUCACGCAAGAAACAGAGGGCACGAAACUGACAAGCGAUCGUUGUACGAAGAUUCAACGAAUGUCUGCCGAGCCUAAGUUUCAUGAAGAGUUUUGUUUUUCGGUGAACGAAAGGGAGAUAGGUUACGCGACAAUAAAGGUUUGUCUCUACGAAAUUGAUGCUUUCUCAAAAAGUCACACACUUGGUCAAAUAUGUAUCAAUAUGAAAGACGUUGACAUAACGCAAAGAAUGACGGGAUGGUUUGACUUGUACGAAGAGGAAGAAGAGAAAAGACUAACUUCAGGUGAUCUUCUGUUGUCUUUAAACUACUUUCCCACUGCGGGUCGACUGACUGUCGUUAUUAUGAGAGCACGUGACUUAAAGAUAGAUCAUCGAACAGGAGCCUGGGGUGUUUUCGUCAAAGUGAUUUUCCUAUACAAUCAGAAAAGAGUAAGCAAGAAAAAGACUGUUGUCAUUCGUAAAACAGAAAAUCCCAACUACAAUGAAGCAUUCGUUUUCAAAGUUCCCAAAGAAGCCAUGGCAUAUACUUCGCUGAAGAUAAUGGUGGUAAACAGGACGUCGUACGGUAGAGAUGAAUCACUAGGGAGUAUAACUAUAGGUCCACAGGAGAAUAAAGACGGAUUGCUGCAUUGGAAUAAAAUGCUAAUGGAAGUUCGCAAACCAGUAGCAAUGUGGCAUCCAAUUAUUAUAAAUAAACACAUGAAGUUACCAUGGCGAGAAAACACCUGUGAAAUAUCUGAAUCCAACAUUAAUAAUUUGGAUAAUGGCGAAUGGCAUCAUCUCAAACAAUUUUCCAGACAAGAUCAAGCUAAAGGGUUUCAAAAUACAGCUCACCUGUACUGCGAUGUGAUCACAGGAAUAGUGAGAGUAACUAUUCAUUACAUUGAUGAAAAGCUUGUUGUAAAAAACAUUAUUUGCGAAGAUAUCUUUCCAUGGGAGUAUAAGUGGAACACAAAUAGUUAUGUGACAGUACAGCUUCCCUCAACGAUGACUCAAGAUAUUCAAAGAAGUGAAGUACAAACAGGAGUACAUAUGGUAUAUUAUGAACAUAAUUUUGUGUUCAACCUUCGCAAGAGUGAUCUUCAAACAACCCAAUUGAAUUUAACUGUUUGGAAAACCGGAAGUGAAACAACAAAGAAAACGGAGAUAGGACAAUGCAUGAUUGUCAUGGAUAGAGAUGAAAUGAUGAAGGCAACGGAUUACGUUAUGAUGAAGAAAUUUUUGAAAACUACGAAUAAAAAUUGCAGUAUCAUAUAUGCUAUGUCCAAUCUAAAGGUUAGCUACAUUCUCUCGGUACUGCCUAAUCGUACGCUUAAGAGUUUAAGAUGUACAACACUGUUCACUACAGGCUAUGUAUAUCUGUUAUGGCUGAAAAUGGGGAGUAAUUGGAGCGAAACGCUAGAUAAAUUGAACAUACAUUCAAACCAACAGACGUCACAUCAAACGUAUAUGAUGAAAUUAAAAGCGACAAAGAAAUUGGAGAGCGAAAUAUUGCUAUCGUUGAGUUAUUUACCGACAGCAGAAAGAUUGUCUAUCGUCGUAAUGAAAGUUCAAAAUGUUGAAAUGAAGUCGGAAGAAGUAAUCACGAAAAAUAAAACGACAAUAGCAAAUCCUUUCGUGAAAGUAUGUCUCAUUUAUGGCGGUAGAAAGAUAAAGAAAAAGAAGACAUCUGUAAAACGUCACGAGAAAAAUCCUGUUUACAAUGAGUCUAUGAUUUUUGAUAUUCCUGCUGAAUUUCUGCAUAAAAUCGGCUUUCUUAUCACCAUUGAACAUAAAAAUUUUGAAUCGGAGCAAUCUACAGUCCUGGGACGAGUAGUAAUGGGCUCUCCUGUGCAUAAUAAUGCAUUACGACAUUGGAAUCAAAUGCUGGCAUUUCCUCGACGACCGAUAGCAGGGUGGCAUAAAGUCUUCAACUUGGCAUGAAAAAAAUUGCCUAGUUUUUAACAAUCUUGGAGAGAAGAGCACUAACUCCAAUUGCCUUUCCACUGGGCAUACGGUUAAGCACAGUACAAACCAAUAUUCUGUCAUGCAUGAUUUCAACAACAGCAGGGUUUGUGUUGAUACUACAUAAACUUAAAAUAUAUUUAUAAUUUAUUCUUAUGUCUAAAUUAAUUUAAAGAGAUUGUGAAGACUGUACAUUUUAUAAAUGGAAACAUGAACUUUUUAAACUCUACUGUAAAUUUAUAAUUGUGGCCCUUGUGAAUAAAAAAACGCGUGAGUGAA